AUGGCCGACCUGACUAAAAUCCAAGGAUUCGACCUCAUCCAAGAAACCUACAAGUACGUCGGCGACCAUGGCAUUCGCGCCGAUAUCCUCGUCCCCCAGACAGAUUACGAGGGCAAGAGACCUACCAUUGCCCGGUUUCAUGGGGGCGGACUAGUCAUCGCCGACUCCCUGUACAUGGACUGGUUCCCAUACUGGCUCUCGGACCUCGCACUGGAGCACGAGGCCGUGAUCGUCAGCGCAAAUUACCGCCUGAUGCCCGAGGCCACGGGUCUGGACAUCUACAGCGACAUCGUCGAUUUCUGGACAUGGCUGGAGUCGUCUACAGUAUCCAACAUCCUCGCAAACCACACGACACCUACCGAACUCGACCUCGCGCACCUCCUUGUUACCGGCGAGUCAGCCGGCGGACUGCUAAGCAUCAACUCGGCGCUCCAGCUUGCGAACGGCCUUUUGUCGGGUAUUAUCCCUCGCGCUGCGAUUGGGAUGUAUCCGACCGUCGACAUGAAAUCGACUGAUUUCACGGAGCCGCGCACGGUUCCGCCGUUCGGGAUGCAUUUCAAUGAGUCGGUUAUUGAUGACAUGCUUGCGACGUUGCCCGCGGGACCGGUGUCUUCGACCUCGGGCGAUUAUCUCCCGCUUAUGCUGGCAGCCAUUGAGUAUGGGUAUCUGGGGAGUUGGUAUGCGCGGGGCUUGGAGGGGACUUGUGAGCCGGAGGUGCUGUAUCCGCUCGAGCAGUUGAGGAAGGGGGUUCGGAUUCCUGAGGGGGGUAUCACUGUUAUCCAGGGGUUGGAUGAUACUGUUGUUCCACCGGACCAUUCGGAGCCGUUUGUGAAACGACUGCGUGAGGUGACGAGAGGUCAGCCUGGGCAUGGCAAGAUUCAGUUCAUCACUCAUGAGGGUGAGCAUGGGCUUGAUGGGAAUCUUCGGUAUGCGGAGGAAAAGUGGUUGCAGGAGGCGUUGAAACCUGUUGUGAAGGCAUGGCUUCACUGA